AUGUCGAGUCCUUCCGCUGCUCCCAAGGCGGUCGUCGAUGACGCCGGCAGCGCCGACAACAAGUCGCUCAACAGCUCCGAGCAGGUUCCUGUCGUCUCCAACCAGCCGGCUCACGAAAGCAAGGCCAAGGAGACCUUCCUCGAAGUCAUCGGCCUGCGUGACCCCAAGCCUGAGGCUCGUGUGGCCUGGGAUGGUCGUAACCGCAGCUGGUUCCGCUCCACUUUCUUCCAAAUUACGGUUUUGGGCGGCUGUUCAUUUCUCGCGCCCGGAAUUUGGGGCGCGAUGGCAGCACUCGGCGCCGGUGGUUCCCAGGACCCCAGCACCGUAAACGCCGCCAACUCUCUCACUUUCGCUCUCAUGGUCGUCACCUCUCUCUUCACUAGCUCCCUCAUCAACGCAACGUCCGUCAAGGUGGCGCUCGCGCUGGGAACAAUGGGGUAUGCUCCAUACGCCGCCGGUCUCUACCUCAACAGCGUCAACGGUACCCAGUGGCUCAUCAUCCUCGGCGCCGCCCUCUGCGGUAUCUCGGCCGGUACCUUCUGGUCCGUUGAGGGUGCCAUCGCCCUCGGCUACCCCGAGAGGUUGAAGCAGGCCCGCUACAUCUCGUACUGGCUCAUGUGGCGUGUCCUCGGCCAGCUGCUGGGUGGCAUCAUCAACCUCGCCCUCAACUACAAUGAUGCUGAGCGCGGUUCGAUCUCGACCAACACCUACCUCGUCUUCGUCGUGCUUCAGUGCUGCGGUCCUUUCGUUGCCAUGCUUCUGUCGCCCCCGCACAAGGUGCAGAGGACCGACAAGACGCCUGUCUACCUGCACAUCGAGUCGUCCACCCGCCGCGAGCUCAAGCUGAUGUGGAAGACCAUCACCAAGCCCCAGGUCCUCCUGCUGCUGCCGAUCAUCUGGCAGUCGACCUGGUCUGAGGCACUCAUCGGCACCUACGCGGUGAACUACUUUACCGUCCGUUCGCGUGCCCUCGGCUCCCUGCUCUCUGCCGUCACGGCGAGUCUGUCGAACUACGCGCUCGGUUUCUUCCUCGACUGGAAAAAGCCCACUGUCAACUCGCGUGCCAAGUCGUCCUUCAUCGCUGUCUACGCCCUCCAAGCCGCGUGGUGGGCGUGGGCCAUCUACAUCAUGCACGAGUACCACGUCACCGAACCCAAGCCCACCUUUGACUGGACCACCCCCGGCUACGGUCGCGGCUUCGGCGUCUACAUCUUCCUCCAGAUCGGCUUCAACGUCAUGUACGAGCUCAACUACUGGAUCAUCGGCAACAUCAGCGAGGACCCUGCGGAGAUCAUUCGUCUUGCCAGUAUCGUCCGCGGUGUCGAGAGCGCCGGUCAGUGCGUGUCGUACGGUAUCAACAGUACGACGCUCCGACUGGAUGCUGUUGCCGGCAUCAACACGGCACAGUGGGCCCUGUCGAUCUUGCCCGCUUGGCUCGUCGUCAAGAAGAUCGGUAUCCUGGACGAUGGCACCAAGAUCCACGAGGCCAGGACGUACGCCGCCGAGGAGGACAGGAAGGGCCUCAAGGAUGCUGGCCUCAAGACUGCCGAGUACGAUCUCAAGGGCGAUCUUUAG